AUGUUAAGAACAUCUGAUGUUUGUCAUGCUGGCGGCCCUAAAUGUUGCUUCAGAAUCUGAAACGGACUGAUAGAGUUGAACUGGAGCCGCUCGCUGGUCUCUUAUCAGCAGCAUUGACUUUCAAUGAGUCAGUGAUCAAUAAGAGCUUAAUAAAAGCCAGAGUCAGAAGAGCAACAUCAGAGCUGCUUCCUGCCGUCUCAACACGACAAACCGUUGAUCUGAGGCCUGCAGCAGCUGAAUUGGACUCAAUCUGUCACGAUGUCCCGGCACCUGUCGUCUGUGGAGAUCCUCCUUUCCAUCAUUUCAUCCCUUCUCCUUGUCUGUUGCAUUGGCCUGAGUGUCGUUUCUUGGAUUAGCCUGACGCAUAAAGGUGCUGAGGAACCGUUGCAGCUUUCUGGUCGGAUCGUGAUCACAGCAGGAGUUGAGUUUUCUGACGAGCUGAGAAACUCCAGCAGUAAGCAAUUUAAAUCCCUGGCAUUUGACCUUCAGCAACUGGUGUCUGAGGCAUUCACUUUCAGCGACCUGCUGCGGUUCUACAGAUUCUGUCAGGUUCAACACUUCAGUCCUGGCAGUGUGGUCGUGACCUUUGACCUAUGGUUCAGUCAGCUGAUUGACAUGAAAGAAGUGGAGCAGCAGCUCAAGGCGGGUCUUCAGAUAACAGGGGGAGGGGCAUUGGUGAUUGAUAUCAACAGCAUCCAGAUCACAGAGAAACUUGAACAGACGACACCUGUAGCCACAACAGUCACAUCUACAGCAGUUACUUGUCCUCCUGGUCAGACAACCUGUUCUGAUGGGUCAAUGUGUGUUCCGACUGCUUGGCUCUGUGAUGGAGUCUCCCACUGUUCGGACUCCUCUGAUGAAGCUUCCUUUUCCUGCGGAACAGCAUGCGAUGGACAAUUUGUGCUGGAGGGAUCAAAUGGAUCUUUUACAUCAUCAGAGUCCGAGACCUACAACAGCAGCAUCUUCUGCCGCUGGAUUAUCAGGGUCAACAGGGGACUUUCCGUUAAGCUUAACUUCCAUCAGUUUGAGACUGAAGCGAAUGUUGAUGCCCUGAGGCUGUAUGAAGGAGUUGGACAAAACAGAGUUCUAAGAGCUGAACUCUCAGGCUCCGCCCCUCCUGGUACUGUGUGGCUGCUGACCGACCAAUCAACUGUGGAGUUUACAUCUGAUGAUUUCAACAGUCUAUCAGGGUUCAAAGCUACCUACAGAGCAGCCGACACCUCAGAACUGUCAAACCAGGAGAAGCUCAGCUGCAGCUUUGAGGAUGGUGUGUGUUUCUGGAGGCAGCAGCAGGAUGAUGAAGGUGACUGGAUCAGAGCUAGUGGUUCCACCUAUCCUCCGUCAACAGGCCCAAGUGCUGAUCAUACUCUAGGGAAUAGUUCAGGUUUCUACAUCGUCACUCCUCUGAGUCCUGGCCAAUGGCAGAAGAGCUUCAGGAUCCAGAGCCUCCCUCUUACUCUGCCCACACAGCCCAUGUGCCUGAGCUUCUGGUAUCAUAUGUUUGGUGAGGACGUCCACCGUCUCAGAGUCUUCCUCAGUCCACUUUCAUCACAGCCAUAUGCUGAUGUCAUCGUGCUGUUCCAGAAAGAUGGUAACUAUGGCAACACCUGGAACUACGGCCAGGUGACCCUAAACCUAACGUCGGAGGCCAUGGUGGAGUUUGAAGCUCUGAAGAAGGGAGGCACGUGGAACGACAUAGCUCUGGAUGACAUCACACUGAGCUCUGAUCCCUGUGGCAAUGCCCCCCCAGAGCCAACCAACGUCCCACCUCCAACCACUAUGCCACCCAUACCAGCUGACUGUGGAGGACCUUUGGACCUCUGGGAGCCAAAUUCUACCUUUAGCUCUCCAAACUACCCACAUUCCUAUGGAAAUAUGGCAAAGUGUCUGUGGACUCUACAUGCUCUACAGGGUCAGAACAUUCAGCUCCACUUCCUGGACUUUGAUGUGGAGGCAACCUAUGACAUGGUGGAGGUGCGAGAUGGGGCGGAGCUAAACUCCACCUUAAUGGCUGUCCUCACUGGCAGCACAGGACCCGCCCAUGACUUGUUCUCGACAUCCAAUCAGGUGACAGUAUGGUUCUUUACGGACAGCGGGGGCUAUGGUCGAGGAUUCAGAGCCAACUUCACCAGUGGGGUGGACCUGGGGUCUCCAGCUCCAUGUGCAGCUGCUCAGUUCCAAUGUCAGAUGGGAGCUUGCAUCCAUGGUAACGGUCAAUGUGACGGCGUGGUCAACUGUCCUGAUGGUUCUGAUGAAGCUGACUGUGUUAUUUUGCAGGUAAACAGGUCCAGUCGCCUCCAGUUUCAGGUCGUCUCCACUCUGCACACCGUGUGUUCUGACAACUGGAACCGUCAGCUGUCUGACUUUACCUGUCAGUACCUAGGACACAGGUCUGGAGAAGCGUCUCUGCUACCAGUUCUGCCUCAGGACUCACCAUUUGUAACCAUCACAGUCACCAGUAAUGGAACAAUGAAUACAAGUGUGAGUGAAACCUGCAGCAAUGGGGAGGUUAUUUCUCUGAACUGCACCAACAAACCCUGUGGACUGCGUCUGGUCAGCAAUGUGACAAGAGAUUUGGACCAAUCAGAGGACAGUGAACAUGUAGAUGGUGAGGGAAGAGUUGUGGGCGGAGGCAAUGCGGUGAGGGGGGCAUGGCCUUGGAUGGUGUCUUUAUUUUGGAGGGGACGCCAUGUCUGUGGUGCCUCGUUGAUCGGCAGUGAUUGGCUGCUGACAGCUGCGCACUGUGUCUAUGGGAAGAACGUCCACCUGAACUACUGGUCAGCUGUCCUCGGCCUUCACGUUCAGUCCAACACAAACUCUGAGGAUGUUCAGACCAGACGAGUCGAUCAGAUCGUCAUCCACAGAGAAUACAACAGACUAUCCAAACAUGGCGACAUCGCUAUGAUGCAUCUGCAGCAGCCAAUCAACUUCACCCAGUGGGUGCAACCGGUGUGUUUACCUGCCCAAGGCCAGAGUUUCACUGCAGGAAGGAAAUGUUUCAUUGCAGGCUGGGGACGAGAAGCAGAAGGAGGUUCUCUUCCUGAUGUUCUCCAGGAGGCUCAGCUUCCUCUGCUUGACCAGGAUCAGUGUCAGCACCUCCUACCCGAGUACACCAUCACCUCUGGCAUGCUGUGUGCAGGAUACCCUGAGGGUGGAGUCGAUAGCUGUCAAGGAGACUCUGGAGGUCCUCUGAUGUGUGAGGAGGACAGACGCUGGACAUUGAUUGGAGUGACCUCGUUCGGGGUGGGCUGUGGACGUCCUCAAAAACCUGGAGGCUACGCCCGAGUCUCAGCCUUCGUCUCCUGGAUUGCUCAGACCAGACGUUCCUUCUCCUCCUCUUCAUAUCCUUAAGAACUCAGAUCAACUUAAUAACUGGACCUGGAACUCUCUGCUGAUGGAUGAGAUGUUGAUCACAGCUAUAAACGUUUGUUGAUUCUACUAAACCUGAAAAAUGUAAUUUUUAAGAAAUAAAAUGUGUAAAUCCUGGAA